ACCCUUUAUUGCUUUCAGACCUCUGUUUCUUCUACUAUGAGACCAAAAUAUGCAUGAAGCAUAUAAAAUAACAUCCUCGUUAGGAAGCUUAGAAAGUGUGGGAUGAUGAGUGAGAUGGAAUGAGAACUGGCUGACUGGUAGAGUUGUAAUGAGUAGCACAGAGUCUGACUGGGGGCCUAUAACAUUGGUGUUCCCCAGGGGUCAGUGAUGGGUCUGGUCUUGUUUGACAUCUUCAUUACUGACCUGGAUGAAGGGAUAGAAUCUACUCUCAGCAAGUUUGUGGAUGACAUAAAGCUGUGAGGAGCUGUGCUGCCUUUCAGCAAGACCUAGACAGACUGGAGAGUUGGACGAAGAGGUACCUGAUGUUCAAUAAGAGCAAUUGUGGAGUCUUGCACCUGGGGAGGACUAACCGCAUGCAUCAAUACAGGUGGAGAGGAGCUCUGCAGAGAAGGACCUGGGGGUCCUGGUGGACAACAGGAUGGCCAGCAGUGUGCCGCUGUCAGUGGUAAAAACAGUGUGGCCAGCAUGUUGAAGGUGGUGAUCCUCCUCAUCCACUCUGUCCUGGCAAGGAAACAUGUGGCUAUAUUGUGCCCAGUCCUGGGUAACCCAGUUCAGUGAAGGUGAGGAUCAUCUAGAAAGAGUCCAGUGGAGGCCCACAGGGAUGAUUAAGAUCCUGGAGCCUCUCUCUAAUGAGGAAAGGCUGAGUCUGGGUCUCUUCAGUCUGGAGAAGAGAAAGCUGAGAGGGGAUCUCAUCACUUUAUGUAAACACCUAAAGUGUGGGAGUCUAGUGAAUGGGGGCAGACUCUUUUCAGUAGAAAGCAUCAGUAGAUAAGGAGCAAUGGGCAGAAACUGGAACACAACACAAAGAAGAUUUUCUGCUUUGUCAGAGUGAUGGAGCACUGAAGCAGGCUGCCCAGAGAGGUUGUGGGGUCUCUUUGGAGAUAUUCAACACUCAUCUGGAUGCCAACCUAUGUGACCUGCUGUAGGGAACCUACUUUAGUAGAGGGGUUGGACCCUAGAAGUCCCUUCCAACUCCUACAACUUUGUGAUUCUGUGAAAUGCACAGUAACCCCAGAGAGAAAAAGCACCAUCCUCACUCAUUGCAGUAGAUCUGUCACCACUUUUCCUCCUUCCAUUGUAGCUGCCUCUGGAUAUUGAGCAUUCUGACAGAUGGAUUUGAGUCCCCCAGGUAAUCAGGUGCACAGAAGCUCAUCUGAAACUAUAAGCAAGUAAAUGUCAAACAUCAGAGCCUGUAAGAGAGGUCCAAAGCAAAGGAGUACAGAGAUGGUAAAAGGCAACACCUUCAUCUUCCUCUUGCCAUUACUUGCCAUUAGGACCUUCACUCAGACUGACCUUUUUUUAGCUUGCAAAAGCUGGAAGGAUUGCAGUCCUUCAUGGGUUCAGACAGGUCUUCUAAUCAGAUAAUUGUAUAAGUCAAGCACUAGCUUAUCAGCAUGAGAAGGACACACAAGGACAUCCACAGAACAAAGAUGGAGCUACUGUCUUCUACAUCCUCUGCAAUAUCAGAUGAGCAUAGCUAGUGUUUUCACUAACUGCAAAGUGGGUAGAUAAUAUUUAAUUAAACGUCUAUCCAACAAACAAGCAAAAAUACCUGUUUUUAUUACUUCUAAUUUAUUUAACAAGAAGUCUAAUGGAUCUAAUAUUUUAGGGGAGAAACAAACUAAAAUAAAAACGUCAGCCUUCUAACUAGAGCAAUUUUUAUUUUUCUUCAAGGAGAGCCAAGAGAUUCAUUGAAAAAAUAUAUAUAGAUUCAAACUCACAGUAGCUGUACUUCAAUAUAAUUGGAAUAACAGAGCUGAAUUAAAACUCCAUACCCAUUCAAGAAUGACCCAUACUACAUGGCUUUUCUUCACCUUCCUCUGCUGCAAGUUUACAUUCAUGCAUAUGAAAGUAAUGUAUAUGCCAGUAUAUGAACUAAAGUGGGCAUACAAUAAUGAGAACUUGGUGUUUUUGUCUUGUAGAAUAGAAUUCUGUGGACUUUUUUAUAGUCAGUACUUUUAUUUAUGAGGUCUGGAUAAUGCCAGUGCAUUCCAAGCAAAGCCAAGGUACUGUUGCGCUUGAUGUACAAUGCUAGAAGAAGCAUCUCCCUUGAAAACUGCUUCAUAGAAACAGACAAGUGAGGAAGAGCAUGAAGAAGAAAAUGUUAUAGCAUCUCACUUAAUAGACUAAGAAGGCACACACAUUUUUGGCACUGACCUGCUGACAUGAGAAACUAGCUUUUUCAGGCAGCCUAUCCCAGAAGAGCUGUCUUUCUGAUGAUGGUGCCAGGGAGCGCUAUGGAACAGAUCAUCUUGAUGAGAUCACAUGGCAGGUGCAGGACUACAGGGAUCGGGACCAGCCAGCAUGGGUUUGUGAAAGGAAAGUCCUGCUUUACGAACCUGGUCUUCUAUGAUUGAGUGACCUACCUGGUCAUGAGGGAAAGGCUGUCAAUGUAGUCUACUUAGAAUUCAGCAAAGCCUGAUACUGUCUCCCACAGAGUCACCAUCCUUUGGAGGCAUUCAAGAAACAUUUAGAUGUUUCUUGAAUGGUGAUAGGUGGUUUCUUAUUGAUAGAAUGGUUUCUUAUUGGUGAUAGGUGGACAGUUGGACUAGAUGAUCUUGGAGACCAUUUUCAACCUUGGGGAUUCUAUGAUUCUAUGAAACAGAUUUGGAUUCCCUUUCUGCAGGUUACAAGUGCCUUUUGCACAGCCCAGUUUCACUGUACAAUUAACACCUACCUGCAGAAUCCAGGCUUUGAGGAACAUUGUCUUUAACUUGCAGAUAAAUAUUGCAAGACUUUUUGAGCUAUCUUUGGCUUUCUACUGAUGUUUCACCUCUCAUCACUUUAGAAGACCAAUUAGAUUGGUGAACAUGCUACUAGAUGAUAGAUUUACAUGAACAGUAAAUGGAUUUGGGGAGGAGUCUUCAUAAAGCUUCUUUAUUAUUAAAAGCAUGUAAUGUCUCUGAUAAUUUUUACAAACUUCCAAGAUCCUCUACAGCAGAUGAAACACAAUCUGGUGUAUUGGGAUUAUUUUUUGCAGUUUUGCACUACCGAUUAACACUAUACUCACCUACCAUAGGAAAUUUCUCUGAUGGAAAUAGUGCUAAAACAAACAACAAAAAGCAGAACUCAAACCCAUUUUCAUUUUAACCAACUGGAUAUUGUUUUCUAUCAUACUGCCUUCUUUGUAUAUUAUUUAUUACCUGUACUAGAUGUAUAAUAUAAUACAUAUAUAUACGCAUAUAUGCAUAAUAAAAUACAUAUUAUAUAAAUUUGUAUUUCAUACAUACUUGGAACACUUUGCCCAAGACGAGAGGCUGGAGAAGGCUCUGGAGAGACCUGAUAGCAGCCUUUCAGUAUCUAAAAGGGGCCUGUAUGAAAGAAGGGAAUAAGCUUUUUAACAGGGUCUGUUGUGAUAGGAUAGGGAGAAAUGGUUUCAGACUAAAAAAGGGGGGAUUCAGACUGGACAUAAGAAAAAAGUUAUAUAUGAUAAGGUUAGUGAAGCACCACAGAGGUGGUGGAUACCCUCUCCCUGCAGAAAUUCAAGGUAAGGCUGGAGUAACCCGAUCUAGCUGUAGAUGUCCCUCUACAUUGUAGAGGACCUGGACAAGAGGACCUUUAGAGAUUCCUUCCAACUCAAAUGAUUUUACAGUUUCAUGAAAUACAGCUGUGUACCUUUACUGUUCUGGACAUUUGAUCAAAGUGAUCAAGCAAAGAGGGAUUCAUUUGUUCAAAUGGACAGGGUAGUCAGGUAAUUAAAAAACAACAGAAAAACAACAACAAAAUUACAGGCAUCAUCUCAAAACUAGUAUGCAUUUGUUUGUGUGCAAAGAAGCAUCCUGUUAGAAAUAUCCAAAUAAUUUUGUCAGGAUGGUAUCUCUGAUAAAAGCAGAUUUUAUUUGCGAUUGCAAUGGCGGGCGUCCCACAAGCAGGAGCACCCCUAAGGACUUGAUGACAGCUUUUGUACCUUGUUUUCCCCUUUGUCUACCCCCCCUGCCCCGUUUCUCCUUUGGCUGGGUACUCCAGGUUCACAAUUUUAUCAAAGGUUUACAUUUGUUAAUUUGUGUAUUAUCUGGUGUCAGUCAGUAGCCGUCCUGUUGUCUCCAAGAUGUCUCAGUCAUACUGAUAUGAUGAUUUUCUUCAAAGCCUUGACUGAACAAAGAGCACCGGGGGGUGGGGGGGGAUGCCAGGCCUUCCCAAUGCCUCUUCAGGCACUCCCUUGGGCAUGUCAUGACUUGUUCUCUGGUUUGAUAAAUCUCGUGCAGGUUAUUCUUGCAAUGUGUAUGACAAAAUAUACAUAUGUACACCUAUAUACUGAGCGUGCAUUCCUGGGGAAGGUUUGUGUAGAGGAUAAGUGAUGUAAACUACCAGAAACCUCCCUCCCCCAUGUAAAGUAGAAUGACUCCCAAAUGCAACUAUGGCAGCGGAGACCAUGAAAUAAAUAAAUAAAUAAAUUCUUAUCUAAUUGUAAUGCAGAAACAACAUUUGAUUCCCACAAUUCCCUCCUUUUAUUUUUUUAUACGUUGUUGAUUUCUGCUUUUUUUUUUUUUUUUUUAAGGUUCACUUUUAUAAACAUCUCCCUUCUCUUCACUUUCUUUAUUUCCCAUCUCCUCUAAUACCAUCAUUUUAUCCAAAUACAGUGCUGGCUCCAUUGGUGUUUGCUUCAAUAGUGCUGUCUCGCUCAACUGCUGUACCAGUCCCCUCACACAAUGGCCAUCAGGGCUCCUGCUACUAUACUCAAAGAAGUAAAUGUGGAUACCUUCCUUACCAAAGGAAAGGUAUUUCCUUCCCUUCCAUUACCAAAGCAGGACUCCAGCCAUUCCAUGUUAGAAGUAUCUAGUCCUGAUUUUUCUUCCAGUUCAUUGGUAAGGGUGGUAAGCCCUUGCAAUGCCUUAGUCAUUAUGACAUCCAGAGCUGUGUUACUGGGGAUAAAGGUACAACGACAGGUACCCAACACUACACAUACACCCCCUCCUUCAGCAAGCAUCAUAUCUUGGGCGAUCCUGUUUUCCCAGGCCAUCCUACUUGUGGCAUCUAACUGUUCUGCAGUUCCCUUUAUUGCACUCUUUGUAUAAUUUAUAAGUCUCAGUUGAUCAUAAUAAAUACAAUUAAUCCAAUCUACAUUCUUGUUGAUCAUCACCCACCAGGACAGUGACUCAAACCCUACAACAAUUUGAUUUCUUGUCUUACACUCAUCAGGGACUCCAAGAAAAAUCAUCAGCUUGCCCACAUACCAAACAAUUACUGAUAUUAGUAUACUUUGCAAUGCUGUUUUUCACAAGAGAUACAUAAGCAUUUACAUCAAACAUUGCAUUUACCAAAUUAACGUUUCUAACAAUUACAAGAGCCCACAAGAGUCUUUGGAUUCACAAUUUUAAAGGUCCAUCUGGCUUCGGUUCCCAUGGUGUUCAAGGGACCUUCUUAACUCUAGUAUGAUGUAACCACAAGGCUUGUACUUUAAUUUUUACUGUUGUGUGGGACAUUAGCAGCACCUGGAACAGACCUAUCCACCUUGAUUCCAGGUGUGAAUCUGAAAGAGAACUAGUAUAUACAUAUAAUCUCCUGAUAAAAUAUUAUGUAUCGAGCCGUCAAGGCCUUGGGCUCUAGUCCCUACAACCAGAUCCUCUGUUCCCCAAAGCUAUUCCUCUGAACUUAUCACAUACUCAGUUAGUAUUUCACUCCCUACCCAGGUAGAGAUCCCCAUUUGUACAAUAUAAGCCUUCUGUACAGUACUUUGAAAAGACUUAUCCCCUCUUUGACCCUAGGUUUCAUUCUGGUCCUAAGGAGAGCCAAAGGCAAUGACUGUGGCCAGGAUAGUCCAGCUUCCUGGCCCAGUUUUACAAUCUCAUCUUUUCCACCUGACCACUUGCCUAUGGUCUGUGUGAUAUGUGCAAUUGCCGAUCUAUUCCCAAUAGCUUACUGACCUGUUGGACAAUCUUUGCAGUAAAGUGAGUUCCCAGGUUGCAGGAACUGCAAACCGUGAAAUAAUCUCCUGCAACAAUACCUUGGUUAUUUCUUUGGCUUUAUUGGUCCUGCAAGGGAAUGCUUCUGGCCACCCUGAAAAGGUAUUGGUUAGAACCGGCAUAUAACAAAACCCUUCUUUUUCCUGGCAGUUUCAAAAUAAUCAAUUUGCCAUUGUUGCCCUGGAAGGUUCCCUUUCCCAAUAGGCCCCACUUGUACCCUGUUCCUGGUACUAAGACCAUAUAAUUACUCUGUAGUGUCUGUUCCCCCAGUAUAUGUUAUUAUGUUCCCUUAGAACAAAUUUCCAUAAAACACUGAAGGGCACAACAAUGUGUUCAUCUGGGUAUGCACCCACAAUCCCUCCUGGUAGAGAAAACCACAUAGCAACAUUUUUAAUCUAUUUAUUUAUUUAUUUUAAUUUCUGCAAUCUAAUACUUUGAAGUUCAGAAGCUGUGGCAUUCAGGAUGCCUACUGCUUCAUAACUGAAUUCAGCCUCUCAGUGAAGUUCUGAGAUUAACAUAAAAUACUAGCAGGAUAAGAAUGACAAAUAUUUGAUAUCUGUUGAUAUAUUACUUAGAAAUUAAGAAAUGCCAUUCCAAAUGAAGAAAUGAGGAAGAAAUGUGUGAUUUAACCUUUUUGUAUCUGAAAAUAUUAUUCUACAUGAAUACUAAAGCAAGUAUUAAAAGUUUAUCUGUAAUGUCUAAUGUACGCACCUUCCCUAACUUUCUGAGAGAUAAAUGAGUAGUUAUUUAUUUGCUUUUGUCAGUGUUAAAAUGUAGUGUAGAACAGUUUUACUAACCUGUUAAGAUACAGUCAGAAAUCCUGACCCCCUGACUUUUAGGUAGAAUCAGGAAUGUGGUAUGUGUCUAGGUUACAAAUAAAACUGUUAAAACGGCACUUCAGUUGAGCUGAAGUAAACAAAUUAACAGGAUGUAAUUUUGACUUGCGGAACAAACUCCAUAACCAUGAAGUAGUUGCAGAGCAGGUAUGUUUUAUUUGGCCAGUUGGGUGCAGGGGGGAUAACUCCUUCCUAGCCUGCACACUGAAAGCAGGUAAAUAUGCCCCUUCAUAGAGGGAAUACGUGCAUAUUUAUGGUACAGGGAGUGGUUAUUACAAUUAAUUCUAGUACAAUAUUCCAUACUUAUUCUAUGCCCCAAAUCUCACCCCUAACUAAUGGCCCCAUAUCAUUCCCAUUGUUCGUGCUCAACUACUCUUAACAACAUAACAGAUUAGCCAAAAAAUUCAAUUUUGUCUCAGUCUCUUCAGUCUGCCUGAAACUUUCACUGGAAAGACAAACAUCAGAUUUCAACCAGCACAUGUAUUUCUCCGGCUUUCUGGGGAAGUUUUACAGCACCUGGGCCAAGUACUGGGACAUGACAACUUGCACUGCUGCCCAUAUAAACAGACUGCCUGUGAUAGCUCAGUUGUGGUAUACAUACAUGACUUGCAUCACACUUCCCUCUGUAAUAUAAAUGCCCAGUAUUCAUGAAGCUCAUGACACAAUAUGCAAUCCCAAUUUUCAUGCCACUGGAAAUACUGUACUUUACUGUCAUUAAACAAAUCCACUUCCCUUCUUGCACUAAAAAAAAACAAACAAACAAACAAAAAAAACCCAAAAAACUAUUGUAGUAUCAUAAAUAAGUUUGAAAGAAGAAAAAGAUUAGAAUACCAUAUUAUUACACCUUCUUCCAAUUAUGAUUAAAAAAAUGUAAGUCCUUUCUCAGAAGGUCAUUAACAGCUUUCCACCCAACACCUAGUUUAAAUCAAAAGGUUUAAGGCUAAGCAAGUUUGAUCACCUGGUCUGACUAGAUACUUAGUUACAAAAUAAUCCCCUGAAUUUUUCAUGCAUGAAUGACAGUACAACAUCCAGGCAGUAAGGUAACUUGAGUAUAGCUGAGAUACUAAAAGCUUGCCACACUUACCUUCUCUAUGGAAGCACUGCAAAGUUCUGGAGAUACAGAAACUCUUACUCAUAAAAAACUACUCCCAGGAAAUUUUAAUCCUUAAAAUAACAGCUUUCUGGGAGUAUUGCAGAGCCCCAUUUUCUUUUUUUCCUUCCUCUAUUCAGCUACCUUCUGAGGGGUUAGGACAAACUAAAUUGUUAUGUUUCUUGUUGAGGUAUUACAGAACAUGAGGACAAGAUGCUGAAGUUCCAGCAGAGAAUUGCAAUGGCUUCUUUUGUCAUAAAAAUUUUACUUUCCCCUCCCCCCUUCUUCUGGGAUGGUAAUAACUAAAACAGGUCUGGCUAAUUAGUCUCAAUCUGUGGUUUGCUUAAAGCAGGAUCAGGCAAGAAUGGAAAUAGCUGCUAGCUUGUCACAGCUUAAGCUGGUGCAGAAACAGAUUGUGCACAUGAUCAGCAUAGCCACAUCCUAUUAGUGCUGCUGCAACUUCAAGCAAAACCUCUCAAUGACAUGGAAACUCAUGUACCUGCCUCCUCACACUCAAGUCUGAACAGGCAGAAGGCAGCAACAUCAUCAAGAGAAUAUUUCUUGGGAUGCAACAGCAAAUAUCUAACUGUUCCUCGAAACAGGCCUUCCUUGCACAGCAGCAGGAUCAAUGGAUCUUUAGAAGCACCUAGCUGUGUGGAUACCGACUGCAGUUCUAUUAUAAACAAUUACCUGGACGGGACCCAAGGAGAGGCCAUGGACUCCAUGAGUGGCAUGCACUUCAGAGAUAGCAACAGAAAGGUUGACUAUGUUUUAGUCUACCACUACCGGAAACGCCUCACCCAGCACCAGCCUGGAGCUGGAUCACCCAGACCAAUGCACAGGGCAGCCUCCAUGGCCAUUGUUUCAAACGGAGGGACCAAGAAGGGCUGCCUCAAGCUGCAGCCAGACAAUGGCCAGCAUGCCCCUCAGGAGGCUGAAGUGAUUGAGCUGGACCCACUGGACACCCUGGAGGAGGAAAAACGACUGCAGAGGGAAGAGUAUGAAUGCAAUCUAGUGGCAGCAGGACUGGAGAUCGAGAAGGACACUGAGAAUAAGAGCCAAGGACUGAACUUCGUCCGUAUUCAUGCAACUUGGCAAGUACUUAGCCGAGAAGCGGAACUCCUUAAAAUAAAAAUGCCCACUAAAAAGAUGUAUGAAAUCAAAGAAGAAGGGGGAAUAGUCAAAAAGUUAAGUGAAAUAUGGCGCAAAUUGUCUGAACCUCUGCAACCCCAGGUGCCACAAGAAGAUACCAAGAUGAAAAGCCUAUCUUACCCAUUUUCCAGAGAGAAAAUAUAUUUAUACAACAUCAGAGAUAAAGACACAUUUUUUGACAAUGCUACCCGCAGUCGAAUAGUACAUGAAAUUUUGAAGCGCACUUCUACAAAGACCAGAAACAGCAUGGGUAUUAGCACAUUAAUAGCAAACAAUGUUUAUGAUGCAGCAUACCCACUUCAUGAUGGUGAAUAUGAAUACCAAAAUGAUGACAUGAAUGAAAGAAAGUUGCUGUAUCGAGAAUGGGCAAGAUAUGGAGUAUUUUACAAGUUUCAGCCUAUUGACCUCAUAAGGAAGUAUUUUGGAGAAAAAAUAGGACUUUAUUUUGCAUGGCUGGGCUUAUAUACAGAAUUCCUCAUUCCAUCUUCAGUUGUUGGGAUUAUUGUAUUUCUUUAUGGAUGUAUAACAAUUGAGAGCGACAUUCCUAGUAAGGAAAUGUGUGACCAGCGUAAUAGCUUCACCAUGUGCCCUCUCUGUGACAAGUUCUGUGAUUACUGGAACCUCAGCUCUGCAUGUUCUACAGCUCGAGCUAGCCACUUAUUUGACAACCCUGCCACAGUCUUCUUCUCCAUCUUUAUGGCCCUCUGGGCUACUACGUUCCUUGAGCAGUGGAAGCGUUUACAGAUGAGACUGAGUUACUUCUGGGAUCUGACUGGACUGGAGGAAGAAGAAGAGCAUCCCAGACCAGAGUAUGAAACCAAACUGCUGCAGAAAAAGCUGAAAAACAAAAACAUGAAAACAGAAAGUACAAAUGAAGAUGGAGAAGACAAGUUGACUUGGAAUGACCGUAUGCCUGGAUAUGCAGUAAAUUUUGGACUGAUUUUAUUUAUGAUUACACUGACAUUUUCUGCAGUAUUUGGUGUGAUCGUAUACCGCAUUACUACAUCAGCAGCUUUGUCACUCAGCACAAAUGAGACAACCAGGUCAAAUGUUCGAGUGACUGUGACUGCAACUGCUGUCAUCAUUAAUCUGGUUGUGAUACUCAUACUUGAUGAAAUUUAUGGAGCUGUAGCCAAAUGGCUGACAGAAAUUGAGGUACCAAAAACAGAGAAAACUUUUGAGGAGAGACUGAUUUUGAAGGCAUUCCUAUUGAAGUUUGUGAAUUCAUAUGCACCAAUUUUUUAUGUUGCCUUUUUUAAAGGAAGAUUUGUUGGCCGACCUGGUCAUUAUGUAUAUGUGUUUGAUGGUUACCGAAUGGAAGAAUGUGCUCCAGGAGGCUGUUUGAUGGAACUCUGUAUUCAGCUGAGCAUCAUUAUGCUUGGAAAACAAUUGAUUCAAAACAAUCUGUUUGAAAUUGGAAUCCCGAAAUUAAAGAAGCUUUUCAGGAAGAUGAAGGAUGAAAGAACUGAACCAAAGGAAAUGGACACCAACCAACCAAAGGACCCUCAGCAGUGGGAUCUUGACUACAGCUUGGAACCUUUCACUGGACUGACUCCAGAAUACAUGGAAAUGAUUAUCCAGUUCGGCUUUGUCACACUCUUUGUUGCCUCCUUUCCUCUGGCACCACUCUUUGCUCUUCUGAACAAUAUCAUAGAAGUCCGGCUUGAUGCAAAAAAGUUUGUUACUGAACUAAGGAGGCCAGACACAGUAAGAGCAAAAGAUAUAGGAAUUUGGUAUAACAUUUUGAGUGGUAUUGGAAAGCUUUCGGUUAUCAUUAAUGCUUUUGUAAUUGCUGUCACAUCUGAUUUCAUUCCACGCCUUAUGUAUCAAUACGCAUAUAGUCAAAAUGGAAGCAUGCAUGGCUUCAUCAAUCAUACUCUCUCAUACUUCAAUGUCAGUCAUCUCAAGGCUGGAACACAACCAGAAAACUCCCCAUUUGCACAGGACAUUUUAUUCUGCAGGUUUAAAGAUUACAGAGAACCACCUUGGUCCCAAAAUCAGUAUGAGUUUUCUAAGCAGUACUGGGCUGUCUUAUCUGCUCGCUUGGCUUUUGUUAUUAUAUUUCAGAACUUGGUGAUGUUCCUCAGUGUUUUGGUUGACUGGAUGAUUCCUGACAUCCCCAAGGACAUCAGUGAACAAAUCAAAAAAGAGAAAAGUGUGCUUGUUGACUUCUUCUUAACGGAAGAACGCAAAAAACUGAAACUGAUUGAAAGCUUUAUCACAUGUGACAAGCACAAACACAAAAGUGCGACCAAAGACCAAAGAAUCCGAGCUGCAAGCUUCUCUCAGUUUAAUCAGAGUCAGAAGGGCAGCAUUGUCUCCUUCAGCUCGCAACACACGGAAGUGUGACUUCAUAAGGAGGAUAACCUCUGCAAUAACUUUUUACUGUGUGAUGUGAUUCUGAAAAAAGCAAGGGAGGCAGAGACAGUUCAAGAAGAAAUGGAGAAAAAAGAGGUGCAUCUUUCUUAGAAACUCUGUAUGUAAGUGUCUCUGUUACACUUUAUAUGUUACCUGAGCUUCUACAUUUUCAGAGUUUACCAGUACAGGAUAUGGGCUAUGUUUAGUUUGUAGCUGGUCCCCAUGGUGAUGCACGUUAACUGAGUAGGUAAGCAGGAACGCUCCUCACUUAUGCAGUCCCUGAAUACAUUCCCUGUGGGGAAUGGUAGGGAUACUUCUGCCCUAGUGUCUGUCUUUUGGCUGAUCUGACCAACCCUACUGAAAUGUGCACAAAGCAUGGUCUCAUGGCUUUUAGCUGUCACUAUAUGGCUGAUAAACAUGUAGAGUCUUGGGGGUUGAUGUGCCUUCCUAACUUGUACUGCCACUUAGUGAUGUCACAGUAGGGCAUUCAGGGCCAUUGGUAAGUGCACUGAGCUUUGAGAACAGAAGGAACUGAAAAUAACUGAGGACUUCCUAUAUAUCUUCAUAUAUAUCAUGCUUUGCUUUGCAGGAGACUGAACGUGGGUGAUAAUAAGCGGAGGUCACAACAUAUGCAUCAGAAUUAAGUAAAGCAGCUAGAACUAGAAAAUUCACUGUUAUUCAUUGUCCUGAACAAAAACCAGCAUGUUUGAUUCUUCUCUCACAUAAACUUAAUUCAAAAUUAUAACUUGUUUUUGUGCAGUACUGUAUUACUCCUUCUUCUACAGAUUUUCCAAAACAAGUGAUUUGAAGACCUUCUGAAACAAUGUAAUUGUAUAGUCAACAAAUAUACAGAGUGGUGUGGUCAGAUCGGUAUCCACAAAUAGUAUAGCUAGAAAGAUUAUGAUUGGAAAUAGAUGGAAAAUGCUCACUCCAAGAGUAGCGAUCUCCAGAAAGAGAUCCUUCCUCAGUGGCAGUCAGCCCUUAAAUGGGGUCAAGGAGAGGUGGAGCCAGGCUCCACCCCUUCUGGUCACACAGGUGAAUUGCCUUCACCUGUGCUCACAGGGCUGACCAGGUCCUUUCACCAGGUGCUCAAUCAGAGGUUCAGGCCAUGCUUCAACAGUUCCCAUACAGUAAUGAAUAUGAACUAUUGACAGUGUAUAUAUUUGAUGUUUAUAAAUGAUUCCAAUAGGUAGGAAAAUUACAGGAAGCUGUUCUUUUUAAAUAUAAUCUAAGUUUUGUCUUAGUAUGUAUACUUCACAGUCACCUGCAGGCAGAUGAACAACAUCCUUGUGAGGCACAUAAGUCAUUAUACUGCAUCUUGUGUCUCAGAGAAUGCACUUGUUAUGAUCACAACGUAGCUAUUAAAAUGUAGGUAGGUUCCCUCUGUAGUCACCUUAUAAAGAAAAGCACUGGCAAGCAGGCUACCCAUCUCGUCUUGACACUGCUGUCUGAAAGAAAUGCAUUAAUCACCUCUGGUAAUUCCUGGCUCUUAUUUUACUUUCAAAGGAUCAACAAGCCCUGUCAGGGAUUCCAAGGGCCCAUGUUUUAUGUCAGCUGAUAUUAAUGACAACUAUGAUCUCAUUUGCGCUAUGUGGUAUUUUGGUAGGGGGAUCUGAGGGUUUGGAACUGCCUACUUGUAAUUUACAUUUCUAGUUGAUUGAUUCAAUUAAUUUUCCUCAAAGCAAAAUGUCUCUGAUGGGGAGAAAAGUUUUUAAACAGCAGAAAUAAUGGUCAAGCAAGAACUUUAGAAUGUUUUAUUCUCUUUUUCCAGAUAGAUGGAAGUACACGUAUGGUUUAGAAUGAGUUUUACAAGUUACACUCUUUUUCCAGUAACAAACUGGAUGCAACAUAGUCAAAGUUAAGGCUCUUCUUAAAACAGAACAAUUUCUGCACACUUUCUCUCAACCUAGGAAAUACCCUCUUGCCUUUUUAGACAUUUCGCGUCACUCAAAAAUGGUCAGAAAAAAAGCUAUCCCAAAGUUGAAUGUAUUAGGCACAGAAUUUCCAUAAUGAGCAACUGAAGUGCUUUCUGUGAUAAUGUGUUUCUAGAUUUCCUAGCAAAAGGGACUAGAGAAGCCCACAGAUGUACCCUGAUGCUCUGAAAUUUCUCCCGAGAUUUAUGUAUCUCACCCAAACAAGGCUGGGAAAGAUGCACUGCAGCAAACACAGCUCAUGUACAGAUUUGGAUCUUCUACGAUAUCACAAGCAGGACACACAGCUAAGUUAUCUUUACCUGUGAUAUGCUUUCUAUGUGUCUCUUAAUUUGAGAGUUUCUUUCACUGAAAAUUACUGCACAUUUGCUACUUGACCUCAGUCCCUGAGGACUGCAUUCACUGUUACAUUUCUGUGGUAGCCUCUGGAUUCUUCUGAUACUAAUUUCCAUCAGCUGCUGUAAUUGUAGACCACUGAUUGGUCCUUUAUUCAUUCCCAGUUUCUAACUUUUCUCCUUUGGACAAAGAAGGACUUUAUCUGAUCCCUUUUCAUCAGCAUACUUGUAAGUCCAGACACAAAGCACCCCCUUACUAUUACACAUAUUUCAGAAGCAGAUGAUGACUAUUUCAAGAGACGUGCAUGGAAAGCUCUAGGGAAGAAUAGAGCAGAGAUGCAAGUAGAAAUGCAAAGCAGUUACAAAUCCUCUGAGCUUUUGUGAUUCCUUGCAAUGAAAAUGAGUUAAAAUUUCUGCAAAGGAAAUGAGAAAAGGAAGUAGAAUUUGUGCAGAUGCCUCUAAACAUUCUGUUCAGAUUUUAGUAGAUCCAUCCAAAAGUUUCAACACUAAAGUAAGAAAAAAAAAAAAAAAACACAACAGUAAGUGCAAACAAAUGAAAAUCCACAUCACUUUGUGUGUGAAUAUUUAAUGCCACUCAGACAGUCACAAAAUACUGAACAUACGUUCUAGGCUUCACGUCUAGUGCCAUUAAUAGGAACAUACAUAACACAUAUCUUAUCAGAACAGUGAGAACAGGAAGUAAAAAAAAAAUGGAAUAAUGACCCUAAUAUAAGUCCUUAACAGAAGCAUAACUGGACCUGAUGUAAUCAUUAGGCAGUGUAAGGAGUCUCUACCUUUUAGUUUCUCUACUGCUAGAAGAAUCUUCUGGUAACUAACAGAGAUUGUUGCUCCAUGUACUGUACAGAAAGCUUCUCCUUUGUGCUGUUGGUGCAAGAUUAAAACAGCUUUCUGAAGUUAUUCAAGAGAAUAAAUUGACUCAUAUUGAAGGUGUCUUUGCUCCUUGCUCCUGCGUCGCACUAUGAACUUAAACACCAUUCAGUUAGAGAAUCCACAUCCAUACAGACCGAUUAACCUCUUGACAGUGCCUAUCUCCAGUUUUAAAGAGGGCUUCCAAGAAUUAAACGAAGCUGCAGGGGGAUGUUAGCCCUUUCCAUCAUCAAGGAGACUUGCCCUCUUUUUAAAGCAUCAUCACUAGUAGAGGUAUCACUGUAAUUUUCUUCAGCAUUCUCAGAAAGCAGAAAAAAGUUGUUACCUAGACCUUUCCUGCAAUUUGAUCUUUCAUGGCACUAAAAACUAGUGAGACAUAGUCCAGGGAAGAAAAAGGUAACUUAUGUGGAAGUACAUCUGUUAAAUUAUUGUUUGGAAAUAUCUACUUCAACAUGUACAGUAUUUACCACUGUUACCAAUAAACAGAAGAGUCUAUUGCU